ACUGUCCGUACUGUUGCUGCUGCCAUGUGAGUUCACAUGGACAUAGUUAAAGUCUUAUUAGAUAGACACGGGUAUCCCUCGUUCCCAACCCUUUUGCAUGUUGAUCAAAACUGCAAACGCCCAUCUUCGCUUUUGUCCUGAUCAACUACAAGACAUACUGUAAAGGCCAAAAUGAAAGAUCUUAUUUUGAAGCUCUGUUCUGUUCUUAGCAAGAGGCAAUGGAGACGAUAAUGGUCAUCACCCAAACCCCAAUAAUGACACGUAAAUCGGACACUCGUCACCAUGCAUGGCCUCAGCCCUCUUCUUAUCUCCCACCUUGCUUAUUAUAUAUAGCAUUUCCACGAUCAUCUUCUUCAUCAAGAACUGAAAACAUGGAGUUGAAAAGUAAGCUUUGUUUGGUUGUCUUGCUCUUCUCUGUUUUGCUUGCUGUGAGUGCUAGUCAGGACUAUAAGGAGAGAGACCCUGAGCUGAAGCAGUGCAAGCACCAGUGCAAACACCAGAGAGGAUAUGAUGAGCAAGAGAAGCAACUCUGCGAGCAGCGAUGCGAUGACUACAUCAAGCAGAAGAGGCAGGACGAGAAGCAGCGAAGGAGAGAAGGAGAAGGAGGUACUAGUUUUUAUAGAUAUGACGAGGAUCAGUAUCAGGGUCAGGGCCAACAACAACAGGACCAGAAUCCCUACUUGUUUGAAGAUCAGGAUUUCGAGACCCAAAUUGAAACAGAUCAAGGCCGAGUUCAGAUUCUUCAGAAGUUCACUGACAAGUCUGAUCUGCUGCGCGGCAUUGAGAAUUUCCGGAUUGGUUCCCUUGUCACCAAGCCUCACUCUUUUGUUGCUCCACACCAUCAUGAUGCUGACUGUGUUCUCUUCGUCUUCCAGGGUCGACCAACCAUUACUAUGGUGAGAGGGGAGAAGAGAGAGAGCCAUAACCUUGAACGUGGAGACAUACUCAGGGUUCCAGCUGGUACACCUGUUUAUAUUAUCAAUAGAGACGAUAAUGAAAAGCUGUUUGUUGUGAAACUCCUCCAUCCAGUCUCCCUUCCUGAUCAGUUUGAGACAUUUUAUGAGGGAGGUGGUGAAAAUCCAGAAUCAUUUUUCAAAGCUUUCAGUCCGGAGGUACUUCAAGCGGCUUUCAAGACUGAAAGAGAUGAGCUGGAGAGGCUAUUCGGGCAGCAGAGGCAAGGCAGCAUCAUGAAGGCCUCCAGAGAGCAAAUUGAGAAGAUGAGCCACAGUACUCGUGGCCGUGAAGGAUUUUGGCCUUUCCAUGGUGAUGAACCAUUUUCAACAUCAUCAUCGAAAUCAGGCCCAUUCAAUCUCUUCAAAAAGCGGCCUUCUCAGUCAAACCGACACGGACGUCUCUUUGAAGCCGAUUCCAAUGACUACAAACAGCUCGAGGAGCUCGACCUCCAAAUCACUUUUGCUAACAUUACUCGAGGGUCCAUGACUGCUCCAUCCUUCAACUCCAAAGCCACCAAGAUUGCCUUUGUUUUGGAUGGUGAGGGCUUCUUCGAGAUGGCCUGCCCCCACCUUGCUUCCCAAGGAGGUUCCCAACACCAACAGCAACGUCAGCGGAGGAGCAGCAGCCCAAGCUACCAGAAUGUAAGAGGGGACUUGAGACGCGGUACCGUUUUUAUUGUGCCGGCUGGCCAUCCGGUGACUGCCAUUGCCUCGAGCAACAAUAACCUACAAGUCAUCUGCUUUGAGGUGAAUGCGAAAGACAAUGUGAGGUUCCCUCUGGCUGGAAAGAAGAAUGUGGUGAGUCUGUUUGAGAGGGAGGCAAAGGAGUUGGCAUUCGGUGUUCCGGUGAGAGAGGUGGACCGCAUCUUUAACAAGCAAGACGGCGAGUUUUUCCUGGAGGGACCGAACAAUCAGCAGCAGGGUCGUAUGUGGUCAGUGGUUUAGUAAUAAUUAAGCAGAGGUUUUGCGUGGGAAGGUGUGAAGAAAAGGCCUAAUAAGUGACUGCUGCAGUAGUUUUGAGGUUGCUAAUACUGAUAUGUAUAUUAUAGUACUCGGUUCUAUGACUAUGAGAAAUGAGAAUGUAAAUAUGUACGUCUUCCAAUGUAACUGUAGGGUUUAAGCACCCUUAAAUAAGUGGAUGACUCUUUCUGCUUUUCUACUUUAA